UGUGUCGUGGAGUCUGUGGGUGGAGCUCAGGGACACACGGCUGACGGUUGCGGUCUUGCGUCACGGGAACGCGCCCGUGCCCGCACACGCACAGUUCCGCGGCGCGGCCAGGCCACCGGCCAGCCUCUGUCUCUCUUUCCCCCUUUCUCUCCUCCGUUUUCCGCUAACACUCCCCGCUCACGCCAGUAAAAAACUUUUCCCGCUUGGAGCAGCGACAGACCAGAAAAAGAACCGCAACAUUAGCCGGACUGUCGCCGGUGUGGACGCCGCUGUGAUUCACCGCCCUGCCCGCAGCGAGCAGCGGGCCUCAACUUUCCGUCUCCUCCUUCCACUCUUUCACCCCACUGUCUCCCACCGACGGGACACGACACCGACGACGUCGCCGGGGGAAAGUUGAAAGAGACCCGCCGCUGCCACCCGUACACCGGGAGAAGAGGAUACGAGUGGAUCCCAAAACUUUUCUCCGGUGUUAGUUUUUGGAACUCAGCAGCGCCCCCACCCACCCACCCAGCUCCUUCACACUCUGUCCUGGUACGGACAGGCCCAGACCAAGACAGGAAGAAUCGGGACCGGUACCGUCUGGAAUUUCUGACUCGGUUCAGCGUGGAAACAGUAAAGAUGGGGACACAAUAAACGGGUCCACACUUGGGCUUCACGAGACUAACGGUUUCCUCCGAGGUGGAGUGGGCGGAGCCAAAGGAUGGCGGGUGCGUCGGUGAAGGUGGCUGUGCGAGUGCGUCCGUUCAACUCCAGAGAGACCGGACGCAACGCGAAGUGUGUGAUUCAGAUGCAGGGAAACACAACCUGUAUCACCAACCCCAAACAGACUAAAGAUGGCAUUAAGAACUUUACCUUUGACUAUUCCUACUGGUCACACACUACAGAUGAAGACCCCAGCUUCGCUUCACAGAAGCAGGUUUACAAAGACAUUGGAGAGGAGAUGCUGCUGCAUGCCUUCGAAGGAUAUAACGUGUGUAUAUUUGCGUACGGACAGACUGGUGCAGGAAAAAGCUACACCAUGAUGGGCAAACAGGAACCAGGGCAGGAGGGAAUCAUACCACAGCUCUGUGAGGACUUGUUUCAGAGAACAGGAGAAAACAUUGAUCCUGAUCUGACCUACUCUGUGGAGGUGUCUUACAUGGAGAUCUACUGUGAGCGGGUUCGGGAUCUGCUCAACCCAAAGUCUCAGGGGACUCUGCGAGUCCGAGAGCAUCCCAUCCUGGGGCCGUAUGUGGAGGACUUGUCCAAACUGGCCGUGACCGAUUUCAAUGACAUCCAGGACCUGAUGGACGCCGGCAACAAAGCUCGGACGGUAGCUGCCACGAACAUGAACGAGACGUCGUCCAGGUCUCACGCCGUCUUCACUAUUGUCUUCACCCAAAAACGGCGGGACCAGAUGACCAGUCUGGACACGGAGAAGGUCAGUAAGAUCAGUCUGGUGGACCUGGCAGGAAGUGAGCGGGCGGACUCCUCUGGGGCAAAGGGCACUAGGCUAAAGGAAGGAGCGAACAUCAACAAAUCUCUGACCACGCUGGGAAAAGUCAUAUCUGCUUUGGCAGAAAUGCAAAGCAGCAAGAAGAGAAAAAGCGAUUUUAUUCCCUACAGAGACUCCGUUCUCACCUGGCUACUGAAAGAAAAUCUGGGAGGAAACUCUCGGACUGCCAUGAUUGCUGCUCUCAGUCCUGCUGACAUCAACUAUGAAGAAACACUGAGCACUCUCAGGUACGCCGACCGUGCCAAACAGAUUCGCUGUAACGCCGUGAUCAAUGAAGAUCCAAACGCCAAACUGAUCAGAGAGCUGAAGACGGAAGUGGAACGAUUGAGGAACCUUCUCUUCUCACAGGGACUGCAGGAACUUCUGGACAACGCUGUAGACAACAUCAAUGGUCCAGGCAGUGCUGUGGGUGUGCCCCCCUCCUGCCUGCAGCUGGCUCUCUCGUCCAAUGGUAUCGUACCAAAUAUUGUCUCCGCCCCACCAGCUGCAGGUGAACCCACCUCUUCAGAGGACCCACCUACUGACCCCGGCCAUCUGACGGAGGAGGGAGAGUCCGGGGAGGAGGCGGACGCUACGGAGCCGAUCAGUAAAGAGGAGGCAGCUGAGAGACUGCUGGAGACCGAGAAGAUUAUCGCUGAACUGAACGAGACGUGGGAGGAGAAACUAAGGAAGACCGAAUCUAUUCGUCUGGAGAGAGAGGCCUUGCUGGCUGAAAUGGGCGUGUCCAUUAAGGAAGAUGGAGGAACGUUGGGUGUCUUCUCACCUAAAGGAACCCCUCACCUGGUCAACCUGAAUGAAGACCCUCUGAUGUCAGAGUGCCUUCUCUACUACAUUAAAGAAGGAUUCACCAGAGUUGGACAACAAGACGUGGACAUUAAACUAUCAGGACAGUUCAUCAAAGAGAUUCAUUGUGUUUUUGUCAGUGAGACCAACGAGCAGGGAGAAGUGGUGGUCACUCUGGAGCCGCUCAUCGGAGCAGAGACGUACGUUAACGGGAAGCAGAUCACCGAAGCAGUCGUCCUGAAACAAGGAAACCGCAUUGUGAUGGGGAAGAACCAUGUGUUCCGCUUCAACCACCCGGAACAGGCCAGGCUGGAGAGGGAGCGCAGUGCUCCUGUGGAGCAGCAGGAGGAGCCAGAGGACUGGAACUAUGCCCAGAAGGAGCUGCUGGAGAAGCAGGGCAUAGACAUCAAACUGGAGAUGGAGAAGAGACUACAGGACAUGGAAACUCAGUAUCGUAAAGAGAAGGAGGAAGCUGAUCUGCUGCUGGAGCAACACAGACUGUACGCAGACAGUGACAGCGGCGAUGACUCUGACAAACGCUCCUGUGAGGAGAGCUGGAGGUUGAUUUCUUCUCUUCGAGAAAAGUUACCUGCGAACAAGGUCCAGACCAUCGUCAAACGAUGUGGUCUUCCGAGCAGUGGGAAAAGGAGAGAACCACUGCGGGUCUACCAGAUCCCUCAGAGGAGGAGGAUCAGCAAAGACCCUAAACGGGUCACCAUUGAGGACCUACGUAUGCAGGCUGUCAAAGAGAUCUGCUAUGAGGUGGCGCUGGGAGAUUUUCGUCACUCUCGUCAGGAGAUUGAGGCACUGUCCAUCGUUAAAAUGAAGGAGCUUUGUCGGAUGUACUCAAAGAAGGAUGCCAACGAGAGGGAAAGCUGGAGAGCCGUGUCCCAGGAUGUGUGUGAUACUGUUGGCAUUGGAGAGGAGCGGAGCCCCCCGCUGGAGGAAGGGGGGAGUGGAGGGGAAAAGGGAAGUGAGAAAGGAGGAGGAGGAGGAGGAGAGCCUGGGGAGGGAGCGGGUAAAGAAAAGGUUUACGACUUGAAGGCCCACAUCGACAAACUGACUGACAUCCUCCAGGAGGUGAAGCUGCAGAACAACAUGAAGGAUGAGGAGAUCAAAGCUCUGAGGGAUCGGAUGAUCAAGAUGGAAAGCAUCAUACCUGUGCAGGAUGAUGAGGUUAAUGGAGAAGGGGAAGGUUCUCCUCCCCAGAGAGAUGGAGAUGGAAGUAGUGUCAACGAUGAGGGCUGCAGUGAACCUCCAGACCAUAGGGUCCAGCGGCUGAUGGAGGAGGACCCGGCAUUUCGAAGAGGGCGUAUGCGCUGGCUGAAGCAGGAACAGCAGCGGAUCCUCAACCUGCAGCAGCAGAACAUUACUAAGAAACUGCGUGGACAGAACCAAAUCCAGAACCAAGGCCAAGUCACACCCAUCAUCCCUGUUCACCUCCCAGGAAGUGGACGCUUCAUCCCACCACAGGAGCGAAAGCUGAAAUUCCCCUUCAAAAGUAACCCCGCCCACCGUCUCUCCUGGGGUGCAAAUGCUGCCCUGGAGGCUCUGGGCCUCUCUGAUGGAGGGGGUGGAUUUUUGGAAGGACAGCAAUUUUUGGACGAUGAAAGUAAAGGUUCCCCCUCACCUCCUCUUCCACUUCCUGCUGCUAUGCCUCCUCAUCAGGGUCCACCUCCUGCUCUUCUACCCCUUCCCUUCCAGGCCCCACCUCCUCGUAUGCGAAGCCCAAGUCCUCACCGCAGCUGGAACCAGAACCAGCGCCACCGCCGCAACUCUCUGGACAGCUCCACCCACAGGAACAGGGACUACAACAACAACCAGCGAGGAGGAGGAGGUGGCGGAGGAGGACGGGGAGGGGACCACCAGGGGCGGCCACGGCAACGGAGGGUGGCAUCACCUGGUCCAGGAGGAGGGGGCGAGGUCAGAGACAGAGACCCCACCUUCCAGUUUAACCAACGGCAGCACCAUCAGUUCCAUCACCACCACCACCACCACCCAUACUACAACCCCCACAAUGCACCAUUCCAGCCAGGGCUGCACCCAAACUACCACAGCUUGCCCCGCCCAGGGCCACCUGGUCCACCUCCUCCUGAGCUGCUGGUUGUAGCCGCUCCACCACCUCCACCCAUGGCAGGAGGAUGGGGCUUCACCACGCCACCCAGGAUGAGGCGCCAGUUCAGUGCACCAGACCUCAAACACAACAAAGACACGCCCAUUUGACACAUAGCUCUCUGAUUGGCUGCAAGACAAUGGGAGUGGUCGCAAUUAUGCUGUAGUACGUUUGUGUGUUUGCGUUUGGCUUCUUCUUAGCUUGGAAAGGGUUUCACCUGCGGCCAAAUCCAAAUUGAAAUAUAAACGUAACAUUUUUGCCUUUUGUAAUUUGAUUCUACGGAUAAUUUGUAGCACCACAGGCUGUUUUGUCUUGGUUUUUAUUUUUCAGGAUGUUUGUUUGAUUGAGUUGUGUUGGACAUCUCUGAGCAGCCACUAGCCAGGGGGGCUAAUGGACAUUAUAGUAUUAACUAAAUCCACCUAUUGUUAAACUAAGAGACUAGUUAGCUUGUUGGGUUGCAAUAUCGACUAUUUUAGUUUAGGCUAGUUAGUUAGGUUAAACAGGGAUUGUAGGAUGUGUUAGUAUGGUUUGUCGGGAUAAUCACUUUUGUUGUGAAGUGUUAACAAAAGAAGCUAAAAAUAAACUUAGCCUCGGGCAGCACUGGGGUUGCAUGGGAACCUUCAUUAUCUUCUUCACAGCAUCACAGCUGCUUUUAGCACCUAUUGACUUAGGGUAUUUUGACUUCAUUCACCUUGCCCCCACUGCUUAACCCAUUAGCUCUUUACUUCCUGUUUAUUUUUUUGUGUUAGCACAAUGUCAAUGUUCAGACAAGUUAUUAUGAGGCUCCGAAGUUGCUGUAUCUCCACAAAAAUCCUGCUGUUUCUGUUACUGUCAGUGCUAACAAUCUCACACUGGUGUUAGCGUUAGGACAUUUGGGAGCUCCAUUCUCACUAAGCUAACCAACCAUCACUUCAGAAACCCUUCCUUUUUACCUGUGUGACCAGAAUGCUCCGUUGCUACAAACCAAAGAAUGCUGUUCUGCGGCUCCUCCUACUGGAGAGCUGUCAGACGCACUGCUGUACAGAGGAGAAGCAAUGACGAGGAUGAAGGAGGUUUUUUCGGUUGUAAAUGUUUGACGUGAAUAUUUUUGUACACAUUUUCUCGUGUUGUGUGUAUAUUUGAAGUGUUUUUAUGAAAAAUCUAUUUUUAAGAUAGCAUUGAUGAUGAUGAUGAUGAUGAUGAUGAUCACUGCCUCGAGUGCAAUCGUAGGGAAAUCACCUGCAAGUGCUAGCUGACGUCAUUAGUAAUGCAAUUGUGAUGGAUUAUCUUGAACGUAGGGUUGGUUGAGCAAGGAAUUAUGGAAAUCGUAGAAGUAGAGGGCGUUGAAGGUGAGGGGAAUGACAUUGAAGGAAGUGAAACGUGAUAUAGAAGAGAUUUUGAUUUUAUUUAAUAAAAAGCUGAGAGACCAUCAGACCUGUCCCUACUGAAGGACCUGAUGCUUCUUAAAAUGUGUCCUCACAAAAAGGAGAAGGUGCGUGAAGACAGCUUCUCCUAGUAAGAUAGGUAUGAUGGCGAUGAAAAGUUUUAUUGACAUGUACUCUUCACACUGUGGUCUUUGGGGAAAAGUAGCUUUUCAAGCUCCAAAAGAGAAGGGAGCCUUGUGUCCACUACUGCCUCGUGUGGCCAAUCUGUGUAGCUGAGGUAAAUCAGAACUAAGAAUAUUUGAAAAAGAAAAACGCCUUCCAACCCAACAAAUGAAGGUGUCGUGAUAGAAAGUGGCCAAUUUGUUUUAAUGUUAGUAUUGAAGAUCUAGAGUCUUCUUUGCGAGCAGCUGUUUAACAGCAACAAAAGCAGCGAACACCUUUUUAUUAGUUACAUGCGGAACCUCAUUUAAUGACACUACCAAAGUUUCAGAACUUUGCUGAAGGAUUUUUACCACAUUUCCUGUUUCCAAGAGCAGUUGAGUUUCUACCAUUGCAGGAAAAACAUUCAUUAACUGUUAGGGGAAGUCUCGGAGUUUCUACUCUGCCCCCUACAGGGAGUACAAUGAAUUGUGGGAAUUGACAAAUGGAGCUUUUUUGUGCUCUGUGAUUUUAAGAUAUUUUUUUGUUCAAAAAAUCUCUUAAAUAGCUUUUAGGCCGCUCCACCAGUGAUGGUGGACAUGGCCAAGACAAUGAAAAGGAUGAUGACAUAAAGAGAACUGAUUGGCCGGAUGAGAAGAGUGACAUCAUAGUUUUGUCCCGACUAAUCGCAGGACAAUCUGCCACUGCCAGAUGCAUGAUGGGAAUUUGUUGUUUUAUGCUUCAUUUUUUUCCAGUUUCCAUCCUCUGAUUGGAUGAUUAUUUUUAAUUUCUUCAUUUUUACCUUUCUAAUUUUUUUCUGCUUACUUUAACACCAUCUACUCUUUUAUGAUGUCAUCUCGUCAUCAUCACUUAUUAAUAUUAUUAUUUUAAAAGAAACUUUUGUUUAAUAUUGGUUCUUGCUGCUAAGGGGAGUGUGUCUGUCAUCGUGCAAGUGAGUGAAUGAGAGAAUGUGAUGGUGUGUGCGUGCGUGUGUGCGUGUUAAUGUCGUAAACUAAAACGUAACCUAAAGUUUGUUUUACUGUAAGAAUGAAAUUUGCUCUCAUUUUCUAUCAUUGUCUGCUACUGUUCAGUUAAAUGAGGUGGAGGAGCCUGUGAAGAGGGGCGUGUCAUGUGACAGUUAUACAACCCCCUGGAACGUCUUCCACAAAUAAGCCCCGCCCACUCUGCUUUCAACACUAAUUUUAGGCCUGGGAUUGGGUGAUCAGAGCAGCACAGUUGUUACUGCAGGACAGCUGAUGACAUCACAGAUUGUCCUCCCCUCGUUGGCUCUUGUUUGUAUUGUUUUUGUUGUGUUGUGUCAGGAACCAACCUCAGGCUCUACCUGCAGAAAAAGUGAUGGCAAUAAAACUGUGUAAAAGACGA